AUGGAGAACCACUGCUAUUUCAUUGCUAGAGGGUUCAUUAAACCCUUCCGGGUGCUGUCCAGUAGGUCACUUGUCUGCAUCAAUGAUCACAUUAAAGAUGUGAUUGUCGUCUCUUUCCUCGUGAGUCUCAACUGCCCUGCUAGCAGCAGACCUAGCUCUAUUAGCCUGCAGUCUUUCAUCUCUCUGCUCGGGAGGCUCAACUGCCCUGCUAGCAGCAGACCUAGCUCUAUUAGCCUGCAGUCUUUCAUCUCUCUGCUCGGGAGGCUCAACUGCCCUGCUAGCAGCAGACCUAUCUCUAUUAGCCUGCAGUCUUUCAUCUCUCUGCUCGGGAGGCUCAACUGCCCUGCUAGCAGCAGACCUAGCUCUAUUAGCCUGCAGUCUUUCAUCUCUCUGCUCGGGAGGCUCAACUGCCCUGCUAGCAGCAGACCUAGCUCUAUUAGCCCGCAGUCUUUCAUCUCUCUGCUCAGGAGUCUCAACUGCCCUGCUAGCAGCAGACCUAGCUCUAUUAGCCUGCAGUCUUUCAUCUCUCUGCUCGGGAGGCUCAACUGCCCUGCUAGCAGCAGACCUAUCUCUAUUAGCCUGCAGUCUUUCAUCUCUCUGCUCGUGAGUCUCAACUGCCCUGCUAGCAGCAGACCUAGCUCUAUUAGCCUGCAGUCUUUCAUCUCUCUGCUCGUGAGUCUGAACUGCCCUGCUAGCAGCAGACCUAGCUCUAUUAGCCUGCAGUCUUUCAUCUCUCUGCUCGGGAGGCUCAACUGCCCUGCUAGCAGCAGACCUAGCUCUAUUAGCCUGCAGUCUUUCAUCUCUCUCUGCUCUCUUUCUUCCCUUUGUUCUGAUGUUUCAACUGCCCGAUGUUUCGUGCACUUUAGGGCUGCAAAUAUGUUUCUCUCUGUCUACCGGUAUCCUCCAUAG